AUGUUUAGAAAUACCACUGAGAUUCCCCAGCCAGUCGCACUGCCAGUCAAUGGGCAACUACCAGCUUGGUUAAACGGCACUUUGUUUCGCAUAGGUCCAGGAAAGUUUAAUAUAAAGCGGAAGGACGGAAGUUACAUGCAUAUUCGCCAUGCAUUUGACGGUCUUCCAUACUUGCAUCGGUUCGUGUUUUCUGCAGUCAACAACCAGAUUCAGUACAAUUCCCGAAAUUUGUCCCAAGAAGUGGAAAGACAACUAGCAGAUAAUGAUGAUUAUCCCUUGUUCUUCGGCCACUCCGACCCGGCAACCAGUUUAUUUAUCAAAUUAUACCGUGCAUACAAAAGGCUACGCUCAUCCUCAAUAGCGAACGAGACUCGUCAUCCUUCAGACGCCAUGGUCGGUGUAACAGCCACACCCAAUUUUCCCUUGGGAAAUGACCACCUAGCUGAUGUUCGCAAGGUGGGAGAUCAAGUUCUUGUCGCUAAAACGGAUGCGAAUCUACUUCAGUUGAUAGAUGUGGAUUCACUAGUACCCAAAAAGAUUUUCAAUUACACCACCAUCAUACCUGAGGUUCAAGGUCAGCUAUCUGCCGCGCACCAUCAAACAUGUCCAUAUACUAAAGAGCUGUUCAACAUCGUACUCUCGUUCGGUCGCAGCACAACAAUCAAAGUAUUCUCAAUCAAUCCGGAGGGCAAAGGCACGCUUUAUGGCGACAUUGUCAAGCGACUGCACGAUAACGUACCUAUCAAAUCCUCAUAUAUCCACUCUUUUGCUCUGACUCAAAAUUAUAUUGUUAUACCUGAAUACCCAUUGUACUUUGCCGGUGGAGGACUACCAAUCCUUUUGGAAGGUACCAUAGAGGCCGCAUUUGCAUGGGAUUCGAACGCUAAAACAUAUUUUCAUGUGAUUUCUCGCGAAAAGAAAAAACACGUCGCUACCAUUGAAGCUGAUCCUGCUUUUGCUUUCCAUAUGGGCAAUUGCUGGGAGGAUGCAGAAGGCAUUCAUUUCGAGUGUGGAGCUUUUCCUGAUGGAGAUAUUGCACACCAACUUCACACCUUUGGCAAACCUGUACGCAAGACACAACUCUCUUCACAAGAUAACCAUCAUGGCGACAACAAGCAAAAGAAGUCAAAAGGUAUUACAGUGAAUCCUCCUAGGCAAUCGAGCUUUGGAGAUCUACGACGAUACACUAUCUCUUACGAUGCGAUUCAACGCGGAGCUGGUCAAGCUACGUACAAGGAGAUCGCUCCUAACGUGGAAUUCCCUCGAUUCAAUGCCAAAAUGACUGGAAAACCAAGUCGCUAUGUUUGGGCUUGUAAAUUGCAUCCUGCAACCAUGGACAAAAACGAAACUGUUAGUGUUGUCAAAGUUGAUACCUCCACUGGCAAAACGGUACAAUAUUAUCGCCCUGGCUAUUACUGUUCCGAGCCCAUCUUUAUUCCCAAGCCAGGAGCUGAGAACGAAGAUGAUGGUAUUGUGGUAUCUUUAGCCAAUGAUUUUCAUGAAAGUGACGAAAGCUUAGACCUAUGCUAUGUUGUGAUCUUGGACGGAGAGACACUCGAGGAACUCGGCAAGGCUCAGAUUGGUGAUAUGACUCCUGUGACUUUUCAUGGCAGCUUUGUUGACAAAGACUUUCAAGAUGUUUCCGUAAACUAA